AUGAGCAAGUGGCAAGAACAGUUCCGCGCUCAGAUGAUGGCCGAGGGAAUGGAUUUGCCGAUAGAACCACCGGCUGAUCCGACAAGUCAACUCGUUCAACAAACGCAAUCACUCGGGCUUGGCGCUGGCGGCGAUUAUGAUGCGAGUCCAACCGCUCCAUUUUAUCAAAACCGUGGCGGUUAUCGCGGUCGAGGUCGAGGUCGAGGCAGGGGAAGUCGCGGCGGUUUCGACAGCUCGAGCUUCAGCCCACAGCAACAAGGUGGUUUCAAUCAAUGGCAAAAUCAGCAGCCUGGAACACCGAACUCGCCGAACAACUUUAGUCAAAGAGGCGGCGGCUUUGUGCAACAGGGAAAUUUUGGAGGAUAUCCGACAAAUCAAUUCGACGACCAAUCGCCUCGUGGUGGAUAUCAGAAUCGUGGAGGACGCGGCGGGAAUUGGCGCGGUGGAUUUCAAAAUGCAACUAAUUAUGGAGGAGGGCAGCAAUUCGCCGCCGCACCAGCACCGCAACUUUAUCAAAAUGCCACAAACUUUCAACAAUCUCCACAGAAGCCCCAUGGCAGUCCUCGCGGCAGCCCUCGCGGCUUUUUCCCCAACAUAUCGAAACGCUUUGACUCUGGCGCUGUUCGUCCACUUGCUGGCUUCACGGGAAAUUUGCCGGAGAAAUCGGCUGAAGAAGCUACACCACCAGAGAAUCCCAUGUCAUCGGAAGAUUUGGCCUUGUUGAACAAGUUCCUUCAGCGUACAGUCGAGCACAUGCGAGAGGGCACGGUCGAUGUGAAGAAUCAGCAGCAAGAUCCCACCUCACCGCUUCAUUCAAUUCUGAACUUCCGUGAGCUGCGUGUUAAAGAUGACAUUAUCAAGGCGCUCGAUAUGAUGGGAUUUGAGCAACCGUCGAAAAUUCAGGAAUUCGCUCUGCCACUUCUUUUGAUGGAACCACCAACGAACAUGAUCGCUCAAUCGCAAUCGGGAACGGGAAAGACGGCGGCUUUUGUACUGACAAUGUUGAGUCGUGUAGUCCCGGAGAACAAGUAUCCACAAGCUCUCUGCUUGGCGCCCACCCACGAGUUAGCCAAACAAAUUGGCAAGGUGGUUAACGAUAUGUCGCGUUUCAUGCCUGAUGUGAAAGUGCACUUUGCUGUCAAAGGACAAAUGGCGGAUUUUGGCACUAGCCUCACCGAGCAGAUUGUGAUUGGCACGCCGGGAAAACUCGACGAUUACAUUUUCAAAUUCAAAACAUUUGACAUCUCGAAAGUGAAAUGCGUCGUUUUGGAUGAAGCCGAUGUGAUGCUGUGGUCGAAUCCAGGACACAAGGAAAUCUCGCUUAAAAUUUACAAUGCCAUUCAAAAAGUCAAUCCCAAAUGUCAAGCGUUGCUCUUCUCGGCUACAUACGAGGAAGAAGUGAUCAAAUUUGCAGAACAAUUGAUCAAGGACGCCGUGCUAGUGACGUUACGUAAAGAGGAACAGGCGCUACCCAACAUCAAGCAGUUCUAUGUUGAGUGCGCAAGUCGGGACGCGAAAUUUGAGGCAAUCUUCAAUUUGUACACGGGACUAACAAUUGCGUCGGCUAUCAUCUUCUGUCAUACGAUUCAAAGUGCAAAGUGGAUUGCACACAAGCUUUGCGAGAAAGGAUUGGAUGUCGGACUUCUACAUGGUCAGUUAAGCGUCGAAGAGCGCGCAACAGCGAUCCAGCAAUUCCGUGAAGGACACUACAAAGUGAUGAUCACUACCAAUGUUUGCGCUAGGGGAAUUGACGUUUCGCAAGUAUCAAUUGUCAUCAACUAUGACCCGCCUGUUCGACAAAUGACUGGCGCAAACGGAGCAAUAGAAAAUGUGGCCGAUUUUGAAACCUAUCUGCACAGAAUUGGACGCACGGGACGUUUCGGCAAGUCGGGCAUUGCCAUCAAUCUCGUUGACAGCAAGCAAACGCUAAAAUACAUUGAGGAUAUUGAGAAUUAUUUUGAAAAACCAAUCGUCAAGCUUGAGCCGGCGGAUCUGGAGCAAUUGGAGGCAAUCGAGAACGAGGACAAGCAAGGAGAUGAGGAAGAGGAG